GGCCCUGGGCGGUGACGUAAGGACUUGCACGGGCUCGGCUCCGCUCGCCAGCCGGCCCCCAUGUCCCCGGGGCCUGCGACGGCCCCGGCGGAGGCAGGCAGGGAGACGGCAGAGCCAGCAUGGAGCAGCGAGCGGGGCCACCGGAGCCCAGACCUGCAGGACCCGCCGCCCACCCGCGCCCCAAGGAGGGGACGCGCUGGGGGGUCCUGGCCAUCCUCUCGCUGCUGGCCGGGCUGGCCACGGGCACCCUGCAGAGCCGGCACCGCAACGAGACCCUGGAGGCGGCCCCCACGCCGGGGGGCACGGCCACCGCCGGCCCCGGAGCGGAGGACGGCGUGGAGAUGCCCCUCGCCGCCGCCUGGAGCCAGCUGCACGGGGACAACGCGACGACGGGGGGCCCGGGCGACGCGGAGCUGGCCGAUGACCUGCUGCUGCGGGCCGAGCGCUCGCCGCCGGGCGCCGGCAAGGGCAAGAAGGCGGCGCGGAAAUCGUCGCGGGGCACCCGCGGGCGCAACUGCCACAUCCGCAACCUGAUGGUGAAGGUGCGCGACCUGGGCCUGGGCUUCAACUCGGACGAGAUCGUGCUCUUCAAGUACUGCAGCGGGUCGUGCCACCGGGCGCGCAGCAACUACGACCUGACGCUGGGCAGCCUGCUGCGGCAGCAGCUCAUCGCCCCGGGGCCCCAGGAGCGGGUGCUCAGCCACCCCUGCUGCCGGCCCACCCGCUACGAGGCCGUGUCCUUCAUGGACGUGCAGAACACGUGGCAGACGGUGGAGAAGCUCUCGGCGGCCGAGUGCAGCUGCAUCGGCUGAAGCGGGGGCCGCCGGCUCGGCGACGCGCGGCGGCGGCGGC